AAUUGUUGUCAACAUAUUUUUCAUCACUGACAUACAUUGAACAAACGCAGUCAACGUACCUUUCACCCCUGACAUCAGAUAACAAUGCUCUUACUCUCAUGCACCCUUCUGUUGCUGUCGUCAGCAGUUCUUGCAGCUCCGCGGAUUCCCCCCGAGUGUUCUAGUGAUUGCGAUAGGCCUCCAGGCCCCCAAAUGGCUUUCAUGUUAAGGGGUGGUGUGAAUGGAGGCCCGAAUCAGGGAGUACCUAUAGUACCUAUGAAUGUACCGCUUCUGAUGCUCCCACCCCUUAUGAUGGGCAUGUUCCCCGCUAUGGGCGGUGGCGGUGGCGGUCGAGGGGGCGGCGGUGGUGGAGGACGCGGAGGAGGAGAUCCAAUCAUGGAAGCCAGGCGCCCUAACAAAAUACGGCCCACAAAGGCACAACACAGGCGAAUGAUUGGAAAGCGUGAGGCUGAGGAGGAUUUUGCGGGCAUCCAACGACCUCGAACUAUUGACAAGACUGAACACUAAUGUCCCAAGGUUGAUUACACCAUUCACUAGGAGGCCCUGGGGCUCAGAAGUCAUUAAGGCUGCACAGAGAAGCUGCUUGAGGAAGCGAAGAUAUGAUAAAUUGAAUGACCUGGAAGACAAGAGGAAGGAACCUUGUUAGGGUUAUCUACACUGCCUGUCGUUAUCAGUGAAAAUCUAUGGAUCUAUGGAUAUUCUUUCUCUACUUGGAAUAUAUUGUUCCCUACUUUCUUUAUAUUGCAGUCAUAAUAAAGGAAUCUGUCGGAACAUUAGCUGUCCGGCCGCCGGCCGGAUGACUCG